CCAAUUUGUAGUGCUCAUCCACAGCCUACAAUUGACUGAACCUUCAGGAAUUAUGGCUCCCAGCAAGAAGGACAACAAGCGCAAGGCUGCCGCCGCCGCUGCCGCCGCCGACUCGCCCGCGAAGAAGACCAAGAAGGCGGAGGCGAAGCCCGCUGAAGCUCCUAAGGAAGCCUCGAAAUCGAUCCUGAAGAAAAACAAGGAUGACGGAGCCCCCGCGGCGAAGAAGUCCGCCUCGGGUGUGAAGUUCAACGGCGAGCCCGCGAGACAGAUCAAGCCUCGCAAGCGUGCUGCCGAUUUUCUGAGCGACGACGAGGACAGCGAGUCCGAGGCGGAAGCGAAGCCCGCUAAAGCCCAAGCUGAGAAGAAGGCCAGCAACAAAAAGUCUAAGAAGGAGGAUGGCACCGCCGCCCCGGCCGCGAAAGCAAAGACUGCCGGCGCCAAGGCCUCCCCUAAGUCGAAAAAGCCCGAGGCUGCCGCCGACGAGUCCGACGAUGACAACGAUGAUUCUGCCGCCUCUGACUCUGGCGAGGGUGAGGAAGAAGAAGAAGAUGACCGGACCGUCGCCCUUAUCAAGGGAUUCGAGAGCAGUGGCGAUGAGGACGAGUCGGGAGACGAGGGCUACGACCCCAGCAAACCAGUUCCUAAGAUUCCUGAUUCGAAGAAGGCCAAGCGCAAGAUCUUGAAGAAGCAGAAAGAAGAAAAGGCCGGCAGCGGAGAAGGACCGGGUGCCGUAUAUGUUGGACGUAUUCCCCACGGUUUCUACGAACAUCAAAUGCGCGCCUACUUUUCACAAUUCGGCGAGAUCACUCGUCUGCGUCUCUCGCGAAACCGCAUCACCGGCCGCUCCAAGCAUUACGCUUUUGUGGAAUUCGAGUCGGUCUCCGUUGCCAAGAUCGUUGCCGCGACUAUGGACAACUACCUGAUGUAUGGUCAUAUCCUGAAAUGCAAAUACAUACCUUCCGACCAAUUGCACCCGGAGGUCUGGAAGGGCGCCAACCGACGAUUCAAGAAGACCCCGUGGAACCGCAUCGAGAAGAAGCGCCUCGACAAGGGCAAGACGAGAGAUCAGUGGUCCGAGCGCAUUGAGCGCGAGCAGAAGAAGCGCCUUGCCAAGGCCGAGAAGCUGAAGGAUCUUGGAUACGAAUUCGAGCUGCCGCAAUUGAUGAGCGUGGACGAGGUCCCCGUCCAGGAAGAGGGCAAGCAAAUCGAAGCUCCCAAGGCCGCGGAGGAAGAGACCCCCAAAGCCGUCGAGGCGCCCAAGGAGACGAAGGCUGAGAAGAAGUCUGAUGAUACCCCCAAGAAGUCCAAGAAGGAGAAGAAGGGAAGCCAGUCUGUGACUGAGCAAGAUACCCCCAAGCAGGAUGGUAAGAAGGGAGCCAACGAUGCCACCGCUUCGCCUGCUACGAAGGCUGGAGCAAAGGCCAAGAAGGGCAAGGCCAAGUCCAAGUCCAAGGCGUAAAAAAAACAAAAAUCUUCGGCGAUGGGUUGUUCUGUGUUAUUUAAAGUAAAUAGCAUAAAUGAUGUUUUCUUCUAC